AUGCCGGGGUGUCUUUCUGUCGGAGCCAUCACAGCCCGAUCUUUGGCGGCACAACUAAACAAGCCAUUGAUGUUCCAGCAAGCGCAUGCCCUCACUGCACUCUAUACAUCUCAACCAGCACCAGAGUUCCCCUUUUUGACACUCUUGGUAUCCGGUGGACACACCUUGCUCUUGCUUGCGCGCUCUAGAUCCCAUUUUACCAUCUUGGCCACAACGGGCGACGAAAGUGUUGGAAAUGCAUUCGAUAGAGUAGCCAGACUGCUCGACAUCCCUUGGUCAAAUGAACAUAGCGCGGGAGCAUCCUUGGAGCGAUUUGCUGAACAGGCCUCGAGCUCGACUGUUUCUUUUAGUAUUCCAUCUCCCGCAAAGCUGGUGUUCAGUUACUCGGGUCUCAUCUCUGCAGUCCGAUCGCAUAUCCUCAAACGGUCCGAUCCCAAGAUGGUGGUAAAACUUCCCGACCUACCUCCCAAUUCGAGUAUGAAGCAUCCACCGACCCCGGAACGUGAGCUCGUGCGAGAGCGACUGCGAUUGACCGUGGCGCAAAUGUCACUAGAUGAAAGGCGAGACAUUGCCGCCUCGUUUCAAAAAGCUGCGAUCGGGCAGUUGGAAGAGAAAUUGAAACUGGGGUUAAAGCAGUGUGUACGAUUGGGAGUGAACCCUGGAUCCAUAGUUGUCAGCGGAGGAGUUGCUAGUAAUUCGUACUUGAGGUCUAGGUUGAGCAGUGUAGUGGAAAUGUCGGGGGUGGCAUCCGGUGUUACUUUAGUUUUUCCGCCGCCCCAUCUUUGCACAGGCAAGUCGAUCCCAACCAAUCAAUGCGAAAGCUCUAAGCUCUUGAUCUUAAUAAUAUAG